AUGCGUCGCUUUGAAAGAAUACAUGACGUGGUGGAGCCUGUCGAAGAGUAUCGCCCUGGAGGAUACCACCCAGUACACCUUCACGAUGUCUUUAGCCACAGAUACAAGAUCAUUGCAAAACUGGCAUAUGGCCAAUUCUCAACAGUGUGGCUUGCAAAUGAUAUAGAGCUGGUCCAUGGCAAAGUUGCACUGAAGAUACUCAAGGCAGAUGCAUCGAAAGACAAUACAGAACUCUCCAUGCUUCUGAGUCUAUCAGGAUCUAACAACGAGCACCCUGGAAGAAAACAUGCUAUAGAAUUACUUGACCACUUCUAUCAUGCAGGACCCAAUGGAAACCAUUUGUGCCUUGUUCUCCCUGCCAUGAUAUCUGACGGACAGGCCAUGGUAACUACUGGAACUCCACACCAAGCCGGGUAUAUACAGUGGUUGUCCCGCCAGAUUCUGCUAGGCCUUGACUUUAUUCACCAGUCGGGUAUUGUUCAUUGCGACUUACAGCCAGCGAAUAUACUGGUUUCUGUUACUAGUGGUAUAUCUGACGGCAAAUUCAUGCAACCUCCUGAGCUCGCUCCAGUUAAAUGGCUCAAUGGAGUUAAGCAAGACGAUAGUGCCCCUGAGUAUCUAAUACCCUCGCAGAGACGACGUGGCCAACUAGACAACGUGCCCUUCUCGGCAUUGGUUGUUAAGAUUGGAGAUCUGGGCGGUGCUCAAUGGAUGCAUCAGUGUGGCCAGAUUCCCGUGACACCCAGAGCCUUACGUGCACCCGAGCUGAUAACUUGUAACUCGUGGGAGAUCAGUAUUGACACAUGGGCUCUGGGCUGCUUAAUAUUCGAACUGGCAACGAACGAGCCGUUAUUCCCCCUUGGCAUGUUUGGGCUUACACGGGACGAAAUCGACAAGGAGCACGAAGGUCUCAUUAGCCAGUUAUUGGAUUCUACUGACCGACGCCGAUUGUUUACCACACAUCUGGCGGAUAGGUUAAUGGGUCACUUUGGUGCUGAUAAUUUAAAUCGUCUAGCGGACUUCCUUCUACUCAUGCUCCAGAGAAGCCCACAGAAACGGCCGUCAGCGAAACAGUUACUAUCAUCGCCCUUUCUCGCAGACGAGACGAAGUGA